AUGCGAAGACACAAUCCGUAUGGAACAAAGAACACAACCUGGUCGUCAUCUGCUUCCGGCCAAAGAUGUGAUUUUUGCUUUCGCAACUUUGAAUUUGACCAUGCCGUCCACAUCUACGAGUGUUGCCUACUGCUCGGCGCUAAAUUGUUUCAAUCGCCAAUAUUUGAAAAGGACAAUAGCACCCAGCUAGAAUCAAUCGUCUCCACACUCAGACCUGAUGACUCCGGCCUCAACAUCAACACAUCAGAGGUGACUCGCGUGGCUUCAGAAUUCGCUGAAGUGCACAAGGUUCUCACCGAUAAAGAACACAGCUUAAUCAAAGGCCUCAAGGAAGAAGAGGUGAAGUUCGUGAGCAUAAUGGAAAGACAUCUUAAAUACAUUCAAGAUAAGUUAAUAUCCAUCCAAGGGAAGCUGGCAAACGUGGGAAAACAGAUGAAGCAGAAAGAUGGAGCUAUCUUCCUGAAGGAGGAAACCUCUCGGAAAAGCAGCCUCAACGAAACAGGUCAGAAAGUGUCGGUGACUGGAGGCAGCCUCUCGAUGGGACAUUUCAACUGCACUUUACCGUUUGCAGUGUGGAGAGAAUAUAUUGACACUGUUAAAUCUGACUCUGUGACCCUGGAUGAGGGUAGCGCGCAUCCGGAGCUCGAGGUGUCCGGCAACCUGAUGAAUGUGAGAUUGACCGGGGUCAGGAGAAGCCUCCGCAACAACAGGAAGAGGUUUAUGGAAUGUUUCUAUGCGCUGAGAUCGGAGGGAUUCACGUCGAGGAGACAUUACUGGGAGGUGGAGGUGGCGGGGAGUCGGCGCUGGAGUCUGGGAGUCGCCGCAGAGUCUGUGGAGAGGAAGAGACGGGUCGACCUGAAACCAGAGAAAGGAUUCUGGACCAUCGAGAGAUAUCGCGAGGAGGUUUCCACAAGCAAUUCUUCCCAGACCCCUCUCUCAGCCGGUCCCGUUCCCGGGAAGGUGGGAGUUUACCUCAGUUACGAUUCGGGGACAGUCUCAUUUUAUAAUGCGGACACCAAGUCCCACAUCCACACCUUCACCGGGAAUAAAUUCGUGGGGAAAAUGUAUCCCUUCUUUGGUGCUUGGGAUGAAAAUCAAUGGCUGAAGAUAUGCUUCAUUCCCUGCUCGAAUCAGUAAAAGGGUCGGGUCCCGGGACCGGCGUCAUGAGUGGGGCUGAGUGGCUGUGGGGCAGAAACCGUGUGAAAAACAGGUUGGCGCUGAACCGGUUUCAUUUAAUCCCCAAAUAUUCGCGUCGGAAUAGACUAGUAUAAAUA